AUGGUUAGACACAGUUAUAUACGAGGACACUUCUCUUUUGAUAAACAAGAACUCAACGAAGAUCUGCAACAGAAAGUUGCUUUCCACACGGAUAAAAUCCAAAGAAUUCCACCUACACCACAAGAUUACAUAAGAACGGCUUUGAGCUACUGCCAUGAGAAAACCAGAGAAGGAGUUCUGAAAUUCUUGAGGCGUGUUGCCACAGCUCUGAAGAACACUAGAAAUUUGGAAUUAAUGAACAUGUUCCUUACGAUGCACCCCUCAUUCAGAUCUCUUCUUGGAUGGGUGGAGAGCGUGAUGGUUCUCUCUUAA